CGCGAUUCUGCAACCGGGGAGCUCUCGACCCCAUUGACGAAAGCAUCGAAACAGAGUUAGAUAUCUGCUUUCUUCUAUGUUCUUCCUGCUCUCUCCACCUUCGGGAAUCACUAUUCUGCUAUUCCGGGCUUAUUCCUCUGACCCGGUUUCGAAAUCUGCGAUCUUGUCAACCUCGAAGCCUCGGCGUCAGCUCAAGGUUUGAUUUUUCUGGUUCUUUGUGAUUUGGGGUCGAGUUGGUUUCGAUUUUGAUUUCUUCUCUCAAAUGAUAAAUGGAGGAGAGGGGACUCCUCGGGGGAGAGACGCCGACGCCUCCUUUGGCAGAGUCGCCUCUCCCGAUCUCUCCGAUGCCGCCAGCUCGAAAUCUGAUGGCGACGAGGCAUCGCCUCCGUCGAGGUACUCGUCCUGCGGGGAGUCUGAGUUCGAGCGGUAUUGCAGCGCGAACUCGGCAAUGGGUACUCCGAGCUUGUGUAGCUCAGUGCACUACACUGACUGCUUAGACUCUGAGUUCGGGUCGUUUAGGAGUUCGGGUUUUGGGGAUGAUAGCAGUUUGGACAAUUUCAGCUUGGGAGGGAGAUUUGAUAGGAGUUCUGAAAGGAGUUUGAAGGUUAGAUUUUCUCAAGGGAGUACCAAUUCCGAUCAGGUGAGCUCGAAUAAUGGAACUGAGAUUUCUCUUGCCCAUGGUGAAUCGGACAAGGCUGAGUCGGGAAUUCCAAGGGAAGGAACUUUAUCUGGGGCAGGGAAUGCUUCUUUUUCUGAAUUGAGUGGUGGUGGUGUUCAAUUUAGUCAGUUGAACUCUCAAGAUCACUUGCAAAUGGUGGGGAAGGAGGAUGAGGAAGGGGGAGGAGGACAGUUGUUAUUAAGAUACGGGCAUUCUGAGGAUGAGGGUUCAAUGGACAACUAUGGCUCAGACGAUGACAGUGGCAAGAAUUUGCCUUAUCUGAGGAAUAUACAGCAUGAUCAGGGGGUAAAAGUUGAGGGAAAUCCCUUUCUUAUGAACUCAUCUGUUGCCUUCGGCGCAGAUGACUGGGAUGAUUUUGUUCAAGAAACGGGGGAAGUCAUGGCGGAUCAUCUGGUUUUAAAUGCGUUGCACGAACCUAGAGAAGCAAACCCCGAAACUCAAAGAUGCAUUGCGAGUUUGCCUUCUGAAGGUUGGACUGACUUCUCAAACGCUGGAAAAAUCUGGGAAGGGAAAGAUUUGAAGGACUUGCCUUUGGGCGGAGUACAAGUUCUGGAUCCUGUCGAAGGGUCGAGAAGUAGACAAGUUCGUUCUACAGGUGGAAAUGGUUCUAGGGAAUCAGCUGAAACGUCUGGUAAAGAAUCACAAGAUGUUGGAAUUUGGAGAAGAGAGGAGGACAAAUCUUCAACUUGGAAUUCCAAUGACCAAUAUCGAGAUGCUGCUCGAGACAGUUCUCAUAAUAUUGAUCGGGUAAGAUUUGCCGAUGAAUCAGAAGAGUAUCUAAAUAGUUGUUCCAUAACAAAUAUCUUCGAGACAGAUCAGGAAUCAACAGUUGAGAAAGCCCAUUUAGAUGUGCAAGAAGGUCCCAGGGUCGAGGAAAUUAGCAGUGAAGUAGAUCAUUGUAUGAAUCCAGAGAAACUCUUCAGUGUUGACCGUAGUCAACAUCCGGAAGAAACACAUUUUGAAGAUAUUGAUACAAAAAUGGACCCGCUCUCAGACACAAAUUCGAAUCAACCCUCUCACCAUCCAAUAAUUCCAAUGAAGAUAAGGACGGAUUUCUCUGAUGAUGAGAUGCAAAAAUCAUCCAAAUUGAUGGCCACAGAAACCGAACAGACAAAACAUUCUACGGAUUUCCAUCUACCUGUCAAUAUUUACGAGGAACAUACUUCCCCAACUAAGGUGGAGAAUGUUGAGCUUAGCGAAUUUCUCGAUGAUGUUCUCCAUGAUAUGGAAGAAAUUCUACUUGAUUCCACCGAGUCUCCUGGGGCUAGGUUUUCUCAUGGAAAGAGAACUUCGCGCUCAGAGUCCACUUUCUCCCCCAGAGAUGGCGGGUUGACUGCUUCUACCUCCAACGCCAAUGAUGUGGACACAUUCAUUCAACAUAAAAGGAGAAUCGAUGGGAUCGAAGUGAUUGGAGCGAAGCAAAAGAAAGGAGAUGUAUCCCUGAGUGAGAGGCUCGUUGGAGUGAAGGAAUACACCGUGUAUGUAAUAAAGGUGUGGAGUGGGAAUGAUCGCUGGGAGGUAGAGCGAAGGUAUCGUGACUUCCUAACUCUCUAUCACCGUCUAAAAUCGUACUUCACAGAACAGGGACGGAGUCUUCCAUCUGAAUGGUCUUCUGUAGACAGAGAAUCAAGAAAGAUCUUUGGGAGUGCAUCUCCUGACGUUAUUUCUGAAAGAAGUUCCCUUAUUCAAGACUGCCUCUGGUCAGUUAUCCACUCCCGGUUCUUCUCCCACCCUCCAAAUGCUCUGUUGUGGUUCUUGUCCCCUCAGGAUUCUGAUUCUGCCCUGAGCUCUCCCAAUAAUAGACUAGCCGACCAGUCUACUACUGUUUCUGAAGGGACAGAUACAGAAAACAUGUCAAAUUUAGGAAAGACCAUUCCACUAAUCGUUGAGAUUCGGCCUUACAAAUCUCUGAAACAGUUGCUGGAAGGACAGCAUUAUUGUUGUGCGGGUUGCCGUAAGCAUUUUGAUGAAGGGAGGACUCUGGUACGAGAAUUUGUGCAGACACUGGGCUGGGGCAAGCCUCGCCUGUGCGAGUACAUGGGACAGUUAUUCUGUUCUUCAUGCCAUACGAAUGACACCGCAGUCUUGCCUGCAAGAGUCUUGCAUUACUGGGAUUUCACUGAGUAUCCCGUUUGCCAAUUGGCCAAGUCGUACCUCGAUUCUAUUCACGAUAAGCCCGUGCUCUGUGUUAGUGCAGUCAACCCAUUUCUGUUUGCAAAGGUGCCAGGCCUCCUUCAUGUUAUGGGUAUUCGGAGAAAGAUCGGGUCUAUGCUCCCAUGUAUUCGAUGCCCUUUCCAUAGGUCCAUCAAUCGGGGACUCGGGAGUCGAAGAUAUCUCCUCGAAAGCAAUGAUUUUUUCGCCCUCAGGGACCUCAUCGAUCUUUCAAAAGGCGCAUUUGCAGCAUUACCGACAAUACUGGGGACCGUCUCGAAGAAGAUACUGGAACAUAUUACAGAGCAAUGUCUUAUAUGUUGCGAUGUGGGAAUUCCCUGUAGCGCUAGACAAGCUUGUAGGGACCCUUCUUCCCUUAUAUUUCCUUUCCAGGAAGAUGAAGUCGAAAGGUGUACAUUCUGUAAACAAGCUUUCCAUAAACAAUGCUUCAAAAAGCUCGGGAAGUGCCCCUGUCAGGUUCAACUUGGGGCAGCUAAUGAGGCUCGGGACUCCUUUAAGAUGGACUCGUCCAGUGGGGCUUUAGCCUUCUCGGGAGGGAGAUCAGGUUCCUUUUUCUCUGGCGGGUUACUUUCAACACUAUUCCCGAAGGUGAACUCCGAGAGGACAAAAGACCAUAGAGAAGAUGACACCAUUAUUCUGAUGGGUUCUUUGCCGAGCACCUCAUUUUGAUUGGCUGUAGAUACAGUGCUUAUUUUGCUGCUCCGUGUAUGAACAGAAUAAAAUGGAGUGCACACAUACUGCUCGAGCUUGAUCGUUAUUAGAGAGAGAAUUUUUGGCUGUGUAUCCGCGAUUGUUUUGUAACACACGCACGAUGUUGUCAUAUUGAACUGUAAUGUACUAUUACCAAUGUAAUCAAAUAUCAAAAGGGUUCUCAUAUCCUC